UUUGACUGUCAUCAUUCCUCCUCGUCGUUGUUGGAAAGGGGCGAAGAGGACACGGCGCAGUUUUGUGGAUAUGUCGUCGUGCAAAAGCCACGUUUACGUUUCAGCUUUCUUAUUAUGUAUGCUUAUUCCUAUUUCUCAACAGGUUCUCAAUGAACACAAUCAGAAACUUGAAUGGAUUGUUGGAAAAUGGAGGUCAGAAUUUUCAGGAAAGAUUUUUUGGCCAACUGUGCCUACAAUGACAUUUGGAGAGGAAUUGGUCAUCAAUGAGGCACCGAUUGCCAAAUCAGCCAAUGUACAAUUCUUAAACUUCUCAGCACGUGCAUGGUCUCAUUCUACCAAGGACCACUUCCAUGACGAAUGGGGAUUCUUGACUGUUGAUCCAGUUGGAAACGCCACUUUGAUGACUACAGGAAACAAUGGAUUCACCACAUACGAAACUGGCACCGUGUCGCCAAACAAACUGGUUCUCACAUUGAAGGAUAUCGGACGCAUCUCGUUCUCUCGAGAUUUACCUGUUGAGGACUUGCGAAGAACGUUCAUUCGCCACGACGACCGGUAUAUGGAGCAAGUGAUUGAAAUGAGGACGGCUACACACCCAAAAGUCGGAUAUCUUGAGCAUACCAGAGUGGUCUACACCAAAUUGAAAUGAUUCCUCAGUUGUUGCCAUAAAAUAAUAUAUAUUUUGGAAAAUUGCCUUGAAUAAUUUGAAGUUUGCGUUUUUGUGCUUAGUGCCAUUGCGUGUACAUUUUUGAAUAAAUAUUUUAUGAUUUUGUA